AUGGGGACGUUUCGGGGUCUUGUUCAUCAAUACUGUAAUCCACAGGUUGCGUUUGAAUUUGAGCCAUCAGGCUGCAAGAAAGUGAUCAUCGCUAUUGGGGGGUUGACUGAUGGUCUAUUGACAGUUCAUUUUGCUCCCAGUUUGGCAGAAGCAGUUUCACAGCUUGGUUACUCGGUUGUUCACAUCCAAAUGAGCAGCAGUUACAAAGGAUGGGGCAUCACGUCUCUGGAUUCUGAUGUUAAGGAGAUAAAGCAAUUGGUGUCCUAUCUAAGAUGUCCAAAAGGCGGUAGCAGAGAGAAGAUUAUCAUUCUGGGGCGGUCCACUGGCUCGCAAGAUGUCAUUCGAUACCUGUUACGGCACCCAGAGACGGUGGAUGCUGGUAUUAUGAACGCUGCUGUGUCGGAUCGUGAAGGCCUGUCGCCGAAAUUAGACCCUAGCUUAUUGAAACAGCUCAAUGUGGAGGCUAAGAGGCUUGUAGAUGACGGCAAACCUGACCAAGUUCUUGGUCCAAUGUUCGCCAAAGCCAUGUUCGAUACGCCAGUGACGGCAUACAGGUGGUGCUCAUUGAUGCUUCCUGGUGGCGACGACGACUACUUUUCGAGUGAUUUGACGGAUGAGACCUUACAGAGAACCUUUGGGAAGAUCGAAAAACCUUUCCUCGUCUUGGAAAACGAGAAAGAUGAAUUUGUCCCGAAGACUAUAGAUAAGAGCGCACUUUUUGAGAGAUGGAAAAUGUUCUCGAAUCCGGCCUACUGGUCAAAGCACUCCGGUCUGGUGACAGGUGCGUCUCACGUAGUCUCGGAACCGGAGGGCCAGCAAAACUUGAAUAAAAUGGUGAUCUCCUUCAUCAAAGAAUUCUCCCUCUAA